CUUUGGCCGGCAUUUAUUUUACACCAUUUUUUUAAAACAUUUCAUUUUUCAUUUUCUAUUUUACCGUAAAACCACUAAACGGAAAAUGUAUUCUAUUUAAAACAGUAAAGAAUAUUUAUUAAUAAAAUAACAAUAAUUAUGACUACAAGAGAAAGUACAUCCGAUUGUGAUUACGACGAAGAAGAAAUUAUAGUUUUUGCCGAUUUUAAAAAUAAUAUUUUAAAUGAACUCCAAACCACAAAUCCAUCGAUUAAAAUAAUUGGCAUAGAUUCGCAAAAUCCAAUUGCUGAAGUCAAUGGUAAUAUAUUUAAAGGUAAAAUCUUUGUAAAGAUGACGAUCACGUCAAAGACGCAUUGGAUACCAAAGCAUAUCAUACAUAUUGGGGCAGUAGAUCCUUUUAUAAUGGAAGUAAGUAUAACAUAAAAUCAAACAACCUCCUUAAUGUUUGAGAAUAAAAGACGAAAUGAUCUAAAAUAAAAUAAAACAAUAGGAUAUCCAAGUUUUCGUACACGUGUCACGAGUCAAAAGUAUUGUCAAAAAUUCAAAUGAAAUGUCGAAAAUACCCAAAUUCGUCAGUCUUUGUUGAUUAAGUUCUUAAAAGAAUUAAUUUUGCCAAAAAAAAUCCCAGCCUUUAACUAAAAAAAUUCAACAAUAGAGUCAAAAAUCAUCUUUUUGGGAUUAAUGGUUCCUAAGGCUUUGCUUUUAAAAACUCGUUGAAACCGAUUCCAUUUUUUUUAAUAUUGUUUUAAGUGUAAGAAAUCCGGUCAGUAAUUAAUUUUUUCCUUAAAGAGAUGGUUUUUUGCAAUUGAAUUAACUAUCCACAAAAAUGCAUUUCAUCAAAUAACUUGGUACAUGUACAUUUAACAAAACAUCAGCUAGAGUUAAAAAAAAAAUUAAGAUAAAAAAUCGCUUGCAAACAAUUAAAUUCAUUUACAGGAUUAACCACCUCUAAAUGAACUCAGUAAAGGAGCCACCUUUAAGCAACUUAAACCUUAAGAGCAAACACUUACGAAAAUGCCGUGCAUUUUAAUUGUAAUGUUUUAAGCUCUUCGAUAUUUGUAUAAAUUAAUUUAGAUGUUCCACAUUUUGCAGAUUUUAAUGGCGUUUUUAAUUGGCAAUCCGGAAUUGUUCUUCGAUUCGGAAUCCCAAUUGAACAGUUUUUUUUUUAUUCCGAAGAAUCUGAAGUUUGGUGUGAAUGUAUUGUUUGAGUUUAACAUGUUUCACAUAUAUGUGUAUGCGCGACAAAUUUCAUUUGUAUUUGUGCUGCAAACAUUUUGUACUGCUGACAUUUAUAUCUUAUGAAUGUGUGAGUGAUUCUGCUUCUGAUUCUGUUUUUAAAACCAGAAGAG